UUUACUCUCAAUCUCUGGGUUUCGAAUUUCACAUGUAACCCACCACAGGCUUAUUGGGUUACACACAGAAAUGGCUUCUUUACCAUACGGAGUUUCGAAUCUAUGCAGAAAUCAGGAGGUUCUGUCUGCUGCUACACGGUUUCGUCCGGUUGGGCGACAAUUCACAGGAUCUAUAGCUGCGAAGCAAGCCUUAUAUAGAUUCGAGGGACAUGGAUUGUCAUCAUCAUUAGUAGAGAAGAGAGAGAGACAAAGAAUGAGAUGUAGAGUUAGCUCAAACUCUACUGAAACUGAAGACGACUCUGCCACAAAGACCAAGACGACACCUUUCGGUUACACGAGAAAGGAUGUUCUGUUGAUAGGAGUAGGAGUGACCGCACUUGGUAUCGGACUAGAGAGUGGACUUGAGUAUGUGGGAGUGGAUCCACUGCAAGCAGGGAAUGCAGUUCAGCUGAUACUGGUGCUCGGUUUGACUUUGGGUUGGAUUUCUACUUACAUCUUUAGAGUCGGCAACAAGGAAAUGACUUAUGCCCAGCAACUUCGUGACUACGAGUCUCAAGUCAUGCAGAAACGGCUGGAGAGCUUAUCCGAGGCAGAGUUAGAGGCAUUGAUGGCACAGGUUGAUGAAGAGAAGACCAAGGUUGACUAGGUUCUCCCAUUGUGUGUUUUCCAUCACUUGCAAAAGUUUGUAAAAUAAAAACAGCACAGGCUUUCAAAGUAAAAAAUCCAGAAUCUGUUCUGUUUUCUUUC